AUGGGAACACUACUGAAAGCCAUGCUGAAGGAGGAGCCAUGCUCCCCGACAUCCUCCGUCCCGGGAUCUCCGAAACAAGACAGGAUGACCAAGCCCCCUUUCUCUGUGGAGUGGUUGUCCCAGAGCAGCCAGGCCCUCAAGAGCCCCACCGAGGGCUUCCCGCACCGACCAUCUUCGGCGGCCCUGGGCCACCGGCCCGGCUCCAGCCCUGGCUUGAGCGAGCGGAGCGAGGAGCAGCCCACCGGCCCGCGGGCAGGGACGGGCGGCAGGAACCGGGACCUUUUAGCGACCCCCCCCGCUGCAGGGGCGGGCGAGCAGGCGCGGGGAGCGGAGCAGCCCCCGCCGGAGGGGGGUCUCGACGGCGCGGGCCCCGAGGAGCCGGGCGGCAGGGCCGGGGGGCGGCGGCUGCGCACGGCCUUCAGCGCCGAGCAGCUCAGCACCCUGGAGAGCUCCUUCCGCCGGCAGCGCUACCUGGGCGCGGCAGAGCGCCGCCGCCUGGCGGGCAGCAUGGGGCUCUCCGAGCUGCAGAUCAAAACCUGGUUUCAGAACCGGCGGAUGAAGCUCAAGCGGCAGCUGCAGGAGCUGAGGAUGGAGCCGUUCUGCAGCCCCCCGCCUCCUUACGGACCGCAGAGCAGCGUGGUGCCCCUGCCGAUCACCUACGUGGCCCGGCCGCCACCUCUGCCCCAGGAAGGGUCCCCCUCCGGGGGCUUCACCUUGGCUGCGCUGCCAGCGCCCACCCUGGAACUCAGCAGCGCCUGCAGGGCACAGCCCGUGGGCUUCUGGGUGGCACCCCACUUUGUGGGGUACAGGAACCCCAGAGCUUUCUUGCUGGGUGUCUGA